UAUGUGAUAAGAUCUUCAGUGUCGAAUCAUUCGAAUUUAGUUUUAGUGAAAUAUCUUAAAUCGCAAAAAUCAUGAUUCGUUCCAAUUGUUGUCGAUUAACUUCUUUAAUUACGAAUAAAUGCGUUUUGAAUCCAAUAAAAAAUUCUGCACUGCAUUCUCCGAUAAAGUUUACUAUCCGUAAAAUACCAACAGCUGUUCAAAUUCGUUGUUAUGCUUCAUUGCCAUCUGUACAAAACAACUGUGAGAAACAAUCUGAAAAUGAACAUACCGGUAAAAUGCAGAUACAUUUUACUUGUACAGUGUGCAACACAAGGAACAGCCGAAGGUUUUCAAAACUUUCAUACGAAAAAGGAAUUGUGAUCGUAGAAUGCGACGGGUGCAGUAACAACCAUUUGAUAGCUGAUAACUUGGGAUGGUUUCCAGAUACAGGAUGUAAAAAUAUUGAAGAAAUACUAUCUUCCAAAGAUUAACUACGGAAUUUGUUUAUCCGUGGUUACCAUGCCACCUUAUUCCACGGAUAGUUGAGAGUUUACUGUAUACCCUACAUUAAAUUAAAGCAAAUAGGCAAAUACCUUGUAAUAAGGUAAAAGUUGG